AUAUCGCGGCAAUAACAAAACGUAAUUUCCGUUAACAAGUUGAAAAAUAACGUAGACAUCUUUUGUGCCGUAACUCGUGUCAAUAGAUCUCGUAAUGUACGCGGACGUAAUCGUACCUAAGCCAUAAGAUAAACGGUAGAGUUCCUUUUAGUGAAAAAGUGUUCAGUCAUCUUUUUCUAUUAUGCAGUAACAUCAUUGAUAAUAAACGGCGAAUAGCAAUCCAAAUUAAAGUUGUCUUUCUUUUUUUUUUUUUUUUCCCCCUCUUAUUUUUAUAAUAUCGUCCUUUUGUGAUUUUUCACUUUGAAAAAUACGGCGCACGACACAUUUUGCACAAAAUGAUGCAAUUUAUGUUAUUGUUCAGUCGUCAAGGGAAGUUGCGCUUGCAAAAGUGGUAUGUUGCACAUCCAGAUAAAUUGAAGAAGAAGAUCACGAGAGAAUUAAUUACUACAAUACUUGCGAGAAAACCAAAAAUGUCAAGUUUUUUAGAGUGGAAAGACGUUAAAGUCGUUUAUAAAAGAUACGCGAGUUUGUAUUUCUGUUGCGCCAUAGAGCAGAACGACAAUGAAUUGCUUACCCUUGAAAUUAUACACCGUUACGUCGAGUUAUUGGAUAAAUACUUUGGCAGUGUAUGCGAGUUGGAUAUAAUCUUUAAUUAUGAAAAAGCAUAUUUUAUAUUGGACGAAUUACUAGUUGGCGGUGAGAUACAGGAAACAAGCAAGAAGAAUGUCUUGAAAGCCAUUGCAGCUCAGGAUUUACUACAGGAGGGUUCAGUUCAUCAUUUGAAGCUGCAACAAGAAGAUAACUUAAGUCAAAGUAGGAGGAAACCCCUCAAGGAUUUUUCGAAGAUCACGGAUUGGGAUAAUAUUUUUACCAAGAGUUCUAUUUUCUUUCCAAUUGGCAAGACAUUCUAUGGGAAUGGUUCUAUAUCAUUCCAGGACAUUGAUUGCAUUGUAUGUGUAAGCUGCUACUUUACUUAAACUAUUAAGAAUCAGUAACGCAAAAAAAUCUCCUAAGAAUCAGUAAAUGUUAUUUUCAUUAUAUACAAUAUUAAAAUUAUUAACAAUUUUAAUAAGAGAUACGUUAUUCUACUAUUGAAAAUUGUUCAAAGAUUUAAUUAAGUUAAAGAUUAGCGUAAUAAAUGUAUUACGCCAAGUCACCGGUCAGUAUUUCUAAAUUAGGUACACAGUCGUUUUACAAUUAGCAAUGUUACAUAUCAAGCAAACGAAGGAAGACUUUGGAAUUAAUUAUUUUACUUAUAUCACUUCAUAAUCAUAAUUUUGCAAGUUGUUUACAUUUUAUUUUCAUACCGACCUAAUGACUGAUGCAUCAUUCGUAAAAUGUACUUACAAAUAAUUAUUAUUAUUAUAUUGUUUAUACAAGUAAUUAAUGAUUGCACUUAGAUAGACUGCUCUGUUGGACCUUGGGUGCAUAAUUAUAUUUAGUUAACUCGUGUAAACGUGUAUAUAAAUAUAGUAUGAAAGUUAUAUAGAUUUUUUUUUACUCGACAAUUUAGCAUUAUACUGUUGAUGAUCGUAUAGACAAAUUUAUAUUUAAGGAAGGCUAUUGUUAUCAAAUACCAUAGUUAAUUACAAUUACAUUUUCAGAUAUUUGUUAAUUAUGCAUUUCAAUAUAUACUCCAAGUAGGUUUAUCACGUUUGAUCAUUAUAUCAUGUUAUAAUUUUCUCGUUGAGAAUAUAAUAUUCUCCCUAAUUUAUCUAACAAAAAGAAAGAAAAAUAAUAUUUGACUAUUUAACAUAUUUAUACUACUUAUCUAUAAGGGGCACAUCAAAAGUAUAUGAGUAUUAAAGAUUGCUUCAAAUUAAAAUGUUUGUAGGAUACAGGUAACUCCGGUUAUACGAUUUCUUUCACUUUACGAAAUUUCUUUGAAUUACCUUUCGCAUAUGUACAUAUGUGUGUGUAUAUAUAAUAUCUAAACAAAUCCAUAUUUUAUUUGAAGUUAUUAUUAAUAUUAUCAAUGGUGGGGGGAAAAAUGAAUUUUGAGGGACAGAUGACACGUUUGCUGCAUUUUGUUUACAGAAAAUUCACAAUUUUCGUCUUACGAGAAAUGGAUUUAAUUAAUUCGUAAAAGCGGGAGUUAUCUGUGUAUUGAAGUUACUCUUCAAUUUAAAAGUGACAAUAAUAUACUUACAUACAUGUAUAUAAUAUAUGUAUGUGUGUGUGUGUGUAUAUAUAUAUAUAUAUGUGUAUAUAUAUAUAUAUAUAUAUAUAUAUAUGCGCGCGCGCGUGUGUAUAUAUAUGUAUGUAUAUGUAUAUGCAUAUGCAUAUGCAUAUGUACAUGUAUAUGUAUAUGCUAAAGUAUUAUCUCACAGUAUUUAGAUAAAGGAUUAUAUAACAUAUCGUUUGGAUAAAUGGUACCUAUCAGUCGUCUGAUUUUCUUCAUUAAACGCAGUUAACUAUAACGUAGAGCUACGUAACAGGAUUGCGAAAUAAAAAAUGCAAACUGAUUAGAUCCAUCGCUGAAAUGAAAGAAAUUGGAAUAACUGUAUAAUUGCUUUGUAGGAAAUAUUCAUAAGUGGCCCAAAAGCCAUUUAACUUGUCGGAAGCUUUACACGUCGUUACACGUCUAUUUUGUGAAAAUAUUUUCACGAAUUAUAAUCGUAUAAUUAAAAAGAAUAAAUUGAUUAUAUAAUAUCAAACGAGAGGAUGAUAUAAAAGUUAGAAGAAAAAUACGAUAGAAAAUGUAGUUAACAUUAUUUUGAUUUUAUAUCGUAGGAUUUCAAAAUAUUUGCCUUAAACGCAGAUAUUUUUCGUCGCAGUGUAAUCAAAAGUAGGUCAUAAAAUAUUUUAUAUCCUAUGUUAUCUAUCAUCGACUGCACACAUUUAUAAAAAAAAAAAAAGAAGAAAAAAAAAAAGGGAAAAAAGAAAAAAAUAUUGAUAGGAUAACAUUUACCGAUGUUAAAAUUAAAAUAUGUAUGUAUUUUAUGUUAAGAGUAGAAAAGUAUAUGUCGCAUUGACAAACGAUGCUUUGUGCUCCGUCCAUAAUAAAGGAAACAAAUAUAUAUGAA